AUGGAUCGAAAAGAUUCGGCGAAUCUCUCUUCGUCGAGUGAAGAAAAUCAUGGUGAAGCUCUUCUCGUUGAACCGGAGCAAUCAAUCGAUGAAAUGCUUUUCGCGGAUCCAGCACUUGAACCAACGGAAUUUGAGAAGCAACAAGCCGAGGAUCCGUUUCUUCGACCGAUCGCCGACGAGCAACAACAGUUUUAUUCAGACGAUGACACGGGUCGUGCCGUCACAAACCUCAUCAUCUUCCUUCUAAUGUUCACAACGCCAUUCAUCGUCAUAAGAAAAGCGAUUGAAAUCGGUGCGAAUGAAAGAAACUUGUACAACACG